UGAAACAUAUUUUGAAUAACCUACCGUAUAUCUUCAAAUGUAAUUGCGUUUUGUGUUAUGGCGUGUUGAAAGCUUACCCAGUAAAAUAACCUUCUUAUUCCAUGUAAAUAAACUUAAUCUAAAAUUUGUUUAUUUUCAAAUAUAAGUCAUUUAUUGAAGAUAAAUUUUAAAGUAUGAAUAUAAGUAUAACAUGAGUUCAAACGGUUUGAAAGUGUUAAAGAAAAAUAAUCCAUAUCCACAGGGUAUGCGAUGUCAGAAAUGUCUAGAAAUGGGUCAUUGGAGUUAUGAAUGUAAGGGCAAAAGAAAAUAUUUACACAGAUCUUCACGCACUUCUCAGUUGAAAAAGGCUUUAAAAAAGCAGGAAGAAUCUAAUGGUGAAGAGCAAAAGAAAGAAGUAAAGAAGAGCCGCUUACAGAAAAAAAUGAAAAAAGAAUCUAGCAGUUCUAGUGAUACAAAUUCUAGUGCUGACAGUAGUAGUUCUAGUAGCAGUAAUGAUAGUAGCAGUAAUAGUUCAUCAUCAGAUAGUGAAUCAGACUCUAGUGAUAGUGUCUCCAGCAGUAGCACUGGUAGUAGUAGUAGUAGUAACAGCAGCAGUAGUAGUAGUAAUCAUUCUAAAAAGAAAUAAUAUUUAUGCUACAUAUAUAAGUAAUACAAUGUUCUAACUAUACAAAUAUAUUUUUUGUUUAUUCUGUAAAAUAACAGUUUUAUAUUUUCACAAACAUAUUCUCUUUGAACAAUUUUAGAUAAGAUACAAAAACCUUAUAAUAUAGUACACAUCAAUUUUUUAAAUAUUUAUGAACUAAUUUACUGAUAUACUAUAAAUAUAUGUACGAUAUUUUUUGUAUAAAAUUGAAGUAACUGAAGUACUUAAAUAUAAAAUACAUUUUAAAUAAUAAUUUAUAUGACGCGCGUUGUAAUACAAUUUUGUUACUUAUAAUAC